UCUGCAGAAGUGCGUCUUCUAUGAGCAAAGUCGGGUCGAAAAGAUAGCACACAGCGCCAGGGCAAGGAACGAUUCGACGAGCCUCCGUUUGGCUGGGAAAAAGGAAGAAAAUUGCCACUAUUUUGACAUGUGUCACGCUGAAAAUAAAGUGCAAUAAUAUCGUGAAAACAGUUUCGUCGUUUGGAAGCCGAUUUGCGAGACACUGUACCGUGCACGAUAGUUGUGGGAGGCAUUCGGAUUGAGAGAAGGAUUUCUAAAAUAGAUGAUAAAAUUGAUGUGCAUUUCUGCGCCUAACGUAUCUCCAACUGAGGCUUUUUCCUUCCGGGGCACACAACGAUUGGACGGGAGUAGAUAAAAGCUUUCCACUACAAAGGGCGACCGCGAGUGGGAAAGCCUGACUAUGCAGGAUUUACUGGUGCAGUUAUUCGAAUAAUCAAAAGCUCGUAUAGUCCGCCUGUGUAACGUUGCAUCGAACUUAGUGAAAAGAACAACACACAAACCCAAACACACACACACACACACACACACAUACACAAAACCACGAUGACGGGGAGACAGUCAAAUGGUCCGGGCGGUAGUGCUUCCGUGGGCAAACGGAGGGGCCGCCCGCCUAAAACGGCCACCAUGGAACGACCGAAAAAGUUCCAGUAUCAUCUGAUGAAGAAGCCCAAAUAUUUGUGCAAGGAUGGCCAGGAGGGAAACAGUACACCUUCGGCGUCACGCGCCUCCUCACCACAAGGCAGUGAGGAAAGCCGUCCGUCCACCUCGCGGAGAACACCCGCCACGAAAGGUACAAGAGGCAGGAAAUCGACAACGCGUGGACGUCCGAGUGGCCGAGGACGCGGUGGACAUAAUAAUUCUUCCGCCCGAAAAGCAUACUCGUACCACGAUUCGGAAUAUCAUUACGGUUCCGACUUUGGAGACGACAGCGACAAGAGCGAUCUAGACGAUGACUAUCUACGCUCGCCCAGUGAUUCGGAUGAAAGUCUCGGGCAGGAAUCCGACAGCGAUUUCUCGAUGACCAGCUCGAGCGGAGGGCCCGGCAUUAACGGGGCGAUCUAUCUGAAGGAUCCAAGCCCGGAUCCGAUCUGGCUGCAGGAGCGCGAGGUGCCACCACUGGAGCUGCCGGAAUCGUCGAAGGAUCUGCUAGUGCCUACGGACAUUGUGCUCAAGUGCACGUCCAUCUAUGAAAUCAUCCGACGCUUCCGACACCAGGUUCGGCUGUCCCCGUUCCGCUUCGAGGACUUUUGUGCCGCCAUCUGGAGCGAGGAGCAAAGCGCGCUGCUUACCGAGCUGCACAUCAUGCUGCUGAAGGGCAUCCUGCGCGAAGAAGAUUCCCAGCAAACGCACUUCGGUCCGCUCGAUCAGAAGGACAGCGUAAACAUUGCGCUGUACUUGAUCGAUUGCAUUACCUGGCCGGAGGUGUUGCGAAGCUACAUCGAAAGCGAUCCCAGCCUAGAUCAGAGCGUGCUGAAGAUUCUGACCACUACCGAGUAUCCGUACGUUCCGGCUGACGAGCGGCUGUACGUGCUGCAGUUCUUGACGGAUCAAUUCCUCGUAACGACACAGGUGCGGGACGAUGUAAUGCAGGAGGCCAUCCGGUACGAUGAUCACUGCCGGGUGUGUCAUCGCGUAGGGGAGCUGCUGUGCUGUGAAACCUGUCCGGCUGUGUUCCAUCUCGAGUGUGUGGAACCACCGCUGGUAGACGUCCCGAAAGGGGACUGGCAGUGUAAUCUCUGCAAGUCGCACAAAGUGUCCGGCGUGAUAGACUGCAUCUCGACGCAGGAAAAGCAGGGCAUGCUUUCGAGACAGGAGAUGCUCGGUUUCGACCGGCACGGACGCAAGUAUUGGUUCGUGGUACGCAGGAUUUUCGUCGAAAACGAAGACUCGUCGCAGGUGUGGUACUACAGUACGGUGAAGCAGUUUGAGCUGCUGCUUUCGAAGCUAGAUCCGGACGAGCUGGAAGCGGAACUGUACCAGGAGCUGGAUCAAAAGUAUCGCGAAGACAUCGUGCGACAGAUGACGCUUACGGAAACGCUCACAAAUCAACACAAGGGAGCCAAGAAGUCGUACUUCGAGGUUGACAAUCAGCGGGUCGAGAAGCUGCUGGGCCAGCCGGCCGCAGAAGAACAGGCCAAGGAUGCGCCGGGAGAGGAAGACGGCAAAGAGCGCGAGGAGGGAUCAACGGAGGCGGGAGAGAACGGUGGCGAGCAGCAUGCCAAGGAUAAGGAAUCCGAUGAACCGGUCGUGAAGGAAGAGGACGGUGGUGCUCAACAGCAGCAGAAUGGUGGUGGUGGAGGAAGCAAGCAUGUAACGCGAUCGAAAACGGGAUCCCUCACUCCACGAACGUUUAACCUUGACGAGCUAAAGAAGAAAAAUCCAAAGGAAGAGAGUGCGAGUUCCGUGACGAGCACUGGCGCCGCUUCAAACGCCGCCUCGGACAGUAUCGAUCGCCUAACACGCCAGAAGGUAACACAGCUGUCGAAUGGGACGCUCUACUUCAAGCUGGGAAUGGAGAAUGGACACAAAAACUACGUCAACCAGUACGCGGUGCAUCCGAUCGCGCUGAACAAACCGCAGCGCAACGAGGAGCGUGACAAAAAGCGUCACCUGUCGCACAAAUUCUCCCUCACGCCGGUGUCGGAGUUCAAAUGGCUCGGUGGUGGCCUGUACGCCACCCAGCAGCAAAUCAUCACGACGAUCCGGCAAACGUUGCUCGCGCUGGAGCAGGCGAUCGUGACACCGUUCAUGCACCAUAACUGGAACCGGCUGCGCAAGGUGUGGAUCAAUGCGAUCGGGGUGUGCACCACACCGAACGAGUUUGCCCGGGCCAUGUGCAUGUUCCAAACGUGUCUUCGUGGUGUGGUAUUCGCGAGCGUGUGGCACGAGCAGCUGGGACACACGAAAAUGUACCGGAUAACGUUGGCCGAGCGCGAGGAAAAGAAGAAGCUCGAGAAGCGCGAAAAGCGCGAACGCGACGACGAGGAAGAGCGAAACCGUACGGCGGUGAACUUUGUGAAAUAUUCGCUCGGCCUGAAGCACCAGGUGUGGAAGCAAAAGGGCGAAGAGUAUCGCAUCCACGGCCAGUGGGAUUGGGUGUGGCUGGGAACGGGGCGGCGAAGGAAGAAAAUUCCCGGGCGCACGACGAACGAAGCGGCACACAUGGUACUGCCGGUGCUGGUGCCGGAGACGCGCGAGCGCAAGGUCCAGAAGCUAGACUGGCGAUCGUACGAAGCGUUCGUCAGUAGCCGCCGGCCCCCGAAGGCUGAUCGGAAACCGGCUGCAGUCGAUUUCUUAACCGACAUCGAUUCGCUGAACGAGAAGCUGCUGCAGAAGAUCAAUCAGAUCGAAACGUUCGAAGUCCCGCAACAGUACAGCACAGAAAUCGAUGUGUCGCGCGCCCUGUCCACUGCGGCAGGUCGCAUCCUGUACCCGAAGGUGGGUCGCAAGUGCCCGCUGCUGGAAGGAUUGCUGCAGCGGCGUCUCAACUUGCGCGAUGCGGAGGAGCAACGCAUUAAGCUCGCCAAGGAGCGCCAGGACGAAGGGUUGGGCGAAGAACCGGCCGUCGUAUCGAAGGCGGACGCUGCACCAAGCAACACGACGGUCAUAACCGUGCGUGUGCUUCCGCCCAGCGAAUGCAUCGAGAAGCAGCUGCAACGGAUCGUUAACAGCCGCGCAACGCAGGCGGGACUCGUCGGAGCAGUUACCAUAAAACCUCACGUUACCGCGUACCAGCAGCAUCUGCGCAACCGGCAGUACCGGGAGCGGUUGCAGGCGUUGGUCUGCCAGGCGCAAGCGUUGCGUGUAAAGUAUCACUACGCAAAUCGUGCCGCGGCCCGCAAUCCGUGCUACUCGAUCUCCUGCACCACGUCCCCUUCAACAUCCCCUACUACGACCCCGUCGUGCUAUUCUGCGCUGUGCCGCCAGAAAGUGGCACUGAGGGCGAAACUGUUCGCGCUGCUCAAGCAAAUGCAGCUGAUGGAAAUUCAACACAACAGCUCGGUGCAAUCGGCGGCGACGACGACAGCCGGUGGCGUGAGCGGGGCGGCGAAUGCUUCCAAAUCGAUCCUGGAGCAGAAGCUGACCGAGGCGAAGAAGGAGAGUUUCGAAAAUUUGCUCACCAACUUUUCGGUCAACCUGUUCAAGGUGCUCAACGACGAUUUGGAGCGAUCGAAGCGAACGCUGGCCGAGUACGAUGAAGCGCUGCUGGCCAAACUGACGGCAGAAGUUGCACCGAAGCAGGAAGCGGACGGUGUCACGGUAAAGCAGGAAGUGCUGGACUCUUCCGUUGGCGCUGACGGUCCACCACCGGCCAUAAUGGACUGUGACGGUGUGGUAAAGGAGGAAGUCGUGUGCAGCAGCGAAGAUAACGCACUCGACAGCAGUAAUACGGCGGCGAUGCUCGACGUCACGACAGCACCGACGAUCGAGGACAUCAAACCGAUGGAUGUGGCGGAAGACGACGCCGGCGGCGAUAUCAGCGGCAUUACACCGCUGAACGAGAACUCUAACUCCAAUUCGCUUUCCUCGGAAGUGUCCGUCGGUGAUGGGACGCGCGUAACGCGUGGCCGCGGUCGAUCAUCACGGUUGGCGGCGUCGAAAGCGAACGAAGAGGCAGCAGCGGUUGCCGUGCCGAAGGAACCGUCCGCCACAGCGGUAACAACACCACUCAAACCAAAGGAAGAGUCCGUGCUGGCCGAAGGCAAGCUGGCGGAGUUUAUGGUUCCCAGACGACCGAACCGUCGCUUUGCGUUGCCUUCGCGCAGUACGAAGAAGGAGGAGGCGGAAGAAAAGGAAGAAGCACCCGAUGGCAGUGUGCGCGUGUACUCGGUCAGCAGUACGAAGGGGAAGCUUUAUCUCAAGAAAACUCUCCCGCCGGCGGUUAAAGCACCCACCGCCGGUGCUGCCGCUGAUGCAAAGCCAAAAGCGGACGUCCGCAUUCCUAUCCUGGGCAAUGGCAAACCACGCUACCCGGUGGUCAAUUACUUCCGCACCAAGAAGCCGGGCGUUUCGUCAAUCAUGGUACUGCCACGGGGUGAGCUGCUGAAGCUGGCCAAACACGGUGGCCGACUGCAAGUGGGAGGGUUUCACCAUCUGGCCAAAGCAAACACAUCCGUGUGGCCGUACCCCUGCUCGCGGCCGCUCUUCAAAACGUGCUGGCUGUAUCGGAGCGUGAAUCUGUCGUCGCUGGCAGCGGUGGGAUUGCAGUUGCGCAUUCUCUGGACCUGCCUGCGCUGGGACGAUAUGGCCAUGAAGCCGGUGACGGCCGACGGAAAGCAGCAGGUGACUACGGAGUCGGAAAUAAUGUCGCUAGAGCUGCUGCGCCACCGGCACGUGGGAAUGUUUAACGAACGGCUGCAGUAUCUACGGCGGAAGGUGGUCAUUCCGCUGGAAUUGCCGAAAACGGUGCGAGCGGAAGUGCAAUCGAUUCGGUCGGGAUUGCGCAAGCGAAAGCGUGCUGAAUCGCCCCAGCAAACUGAGCCGCAGGUGUCGGAGGAAUGGAUCGACGAAGACAAGCUGGAGCUGUGGGAGAUCAAGCUGUACGGCGAGAAGCAGGAGAAGCUGGUGGCUGCCUCGGCUCAACCGGUCACGCGGAACAGUACCGGCAAGCUGCCGGUGAACAGUCGAACGAACGAUUCGUCUGCAUCGAACGCCUCGGCGGCCGGUGGCGCGACGAACAGUAGCAAAUCGUCCGGCUCGGCUACCAGCAAAGUCUCGCGCGACGAAAUCAACGAGAAGAUGGAGCAACAGUUGCGCAUACAGCGCGCAGCACACAAUCAAAAGCGAGCUAUGGAAUUGAAGCAAGAAGGUGGUCCCACUAGUAAGACGCCGGGCAUAAUUCAGCGCAAGAUUAUAGUGAAGAACGCGGACGGUACGACAAAGGUCAUUCAGCAGAAUGUUACCACCUCCCAGUCGGCUGCCGCCAGCCAGCAGCAACAAUCGGCCGGAACGUCGAAACCGGAUGGUCCGCAAAAGGUUCAAAUUAUUCGCGGGCCGGACGGUAAAGUGAGCGUGCGCGGUUUGAACCCGGGCCAACAGUUGAUUCAAACGCCGGACGGUAAACUGCACGUGCUAAGCAGCAACCCCAACUCGCCCAAACAGAUGAUUACGAAGAUCGGUCAGAAGAUCGUGAAGGUCGGUCAGUCAGGGACGCCAAACUCCUCCUCAUCUGCGGCAACAUCCACGGUAACGAGUGCUUCCGAGACCGGUACACCGUCCACCCCUACAACAACACCACACAUACUGAACAAGGGAGUGUUGAUGCGAAACGUAACCACGACGCCCGCGAGCAGCGCAUCGCCCCAACCGGUGAAGCAGGUGGUACAGCGUCAACUCUUGCACAAGGUACAAACUUCAAACGCAACGACAACCGUGCAAAAUGUGCAGCAGCUCGUCUCGUCCACACCGCAGAAAAUAUUGAUCAACAACCAGAGCACGCUGCAGAAGGUCAUUACCAGCAGUGGGCAUCAGCUGUUGGCGACCUCGACUCCGGUGCAGAAAGUGGUCACGCAAUCGAACUUGCAGCAGCUGCUCCAAGGAACGCAGGUGCAGGGCGGCCAGAAGGUGAUCGUUGAACCGACGGCAGCAGCUGCAGCAGCUGCGGCAGCCGCCGCCUCGAGCACCGCCCAAUCGCCAAUACCAACCACGCAAAAGGUGCUGCUGGCCACUACACCAGGCCAGCCGACGGUUACCAAACAGAUAUUGAUUCAAAAUGCGGGUAGCGUUGGUGGAACGCCACAGCAGAUCAUUAUCAAUCAUGGCGGACAGAAGAUGGUUCAGCAAAUUGUGGCCUCCCCAGGGCAGCAGAUCAUGAUCGGCGGACAGCGCAUCAUUCUAAACAGUGCACAGAAGAUCGUCAACAACACACCGCUGCAGAUACAAACGCAGCCGACCGUUGUGUCGAUGGCCGGCGGCCAGCUGACGACGACGGGCACGAUGCAACAAAUCCAGAAAGUACAACAAAUCGUAACGGCGGCUCAACCGACCAUUGCGACCGCUACUAUACAACCACAGCAGCAGCAGCAACAGCAGCAGCAGCAGCAACAACAACAGCAGCAGCCACAGCAAAUACAGAUUCAGAUUCAGCAACCGGCGGCCAGUAUGCAAACCGUGGCGACAACCUCUCAACCGCAGCAACAAACGGUGGCGAUCAGCCAGGUGCAAAGCUUGGCCCAACAGCUGUCCAGCGGGAAGUUGCAGCUUGCGAACGUAAACGGGCAACAGGUGCUGUUGCGACCGAUCAGCAACAAUCAGGCGCAGGUUGUUGCGCACAUCAAGGCGCAACCGAACGGUACUUCGCAAAUUAUUCCUGUCGCCAACUUAACUGACCCUGCUCAGGCGCAGCAGCAACAGCUCCAGCAGCAAUUGGCACAGCAGCAGCAGCAGCAGCAACAACAGCAGCAACAAUUGAUGCAGCAGCAGCAAAUUAUACAGCCUGCGGUACAGCAAGUACUGCAGCAAACAGCAGCGGACAUGAAUAGUGCCGUUAUUCAGCAGCAGCAGCAACAGCAGCAGCAACAGCAGCAAAUCAGCAAUUCUGUAGAACAGUCGCUGCUGCAAGGACAACCGCCCGGAACGGUCAUAAAGUGUGUUACGGCACAGGUUGUGCAUACCGGGCAAGGACCAAGGAUCGUGUUGCAAGGCCUACAGGGCAGCGAUUUCACCCCUCAACAGACGGCGCUCGUCCAACAGCAGGUCAAGCAGCAACUGCUUCGAGUGCAAGAAUCGAACGGUCGGCAAGGUAGCAUGAUCGGUCCGACGAAGAUCUAUCUCGCCAUUCAACCGGCCCAAAACACGAUCGCGAACGCCGCCGGUACGGUCGCUGCCAGCCAACCGCCACCGUUGACGCCGGUGCAGAUUAAGCACGAGUCGGGAGCGGCCGGCACACCGAUACAGAUACACCACCAAGAUAAUACCGCAGCACCGGUGGCGGAAGCAGGAUCCGAGCUGAUCGUACCGGUAGCAGAGAAUGCGACGAAUGCCACGACGACCACGACGGUACCGGUAGCGGUGGUUCCGAUCAUUGCCGGGACGAACAGCAGCAAUGCGGCCGCUGCCGACGACGGGAAACCGCGCAUCAUUUCGAACAUUAUCAUUAACGGUGCCAACAAUACGCCGGGAAUCAACCCGCUCGUCAAGAAGGAGCUGAUCCAGAAGGUGAGCAAUAACCUGAACAACAAACAGCAGCAGCAGCAGCAAAAGCUGCAACAGCAGCAACAGAAUGUACAAACCGCCGACGCGGAACCGUCCGAUGAUACAGCAGCGGCGGCGCGACUCCUGAAGGACGUAGCCAACGAGGCAAAGGAGCUGGAAGGCGGCGACGAGGGAAAGAACUCUUUCGUGGUCACAUCCGACUACAUUACGCAGUUGAUUAACAAUGCUCGCAAGCAGGGCAAUUCGCCGGAGAUAGAGGAAAAACUGCUGAACCUGCAGCGCUAUCAUGAAAAGAACACCAAAGCGGAAGAUCGCUGCGAUCGCACGAUUGCACUGCAGCACAACUACAGCAACAUGAGCGGCAUUCGCAGCGAAUCGCACAGCAACAGCAGCCGAACGCGCAAGCGUACCAAUCCACGCGCCGAGGAUGAUGAUGACGAAUGGCAGAUGGAUACGCCGAAGCGUUCUCGCCCCUCGAAGGGUGCUUCCGGUGCGGCCGGUACUACACACCACGGAUCAAGUCCCGGCGGAUCAAGCAGCCGCGAGCGAAAGCUGUCCAACAACGAAAACCAUGUCGGUUCGCCAAGCAAAAAACGAACCACGGCAGCGCCUACUGCAGCAGCGGCAUCGACUGCCGACCAUGCUUCCGGUGGUGGUGGUCGCAAUAGAAACGCGGACAAACGGAAGCAAAAUGCGGCGCACGCUGGCGAUGCUGGUGGUAAUGUUGCUGUUGUUGCUAGUUCCUUGGGCACAACUGGUUCUCCCCAGCAGCAGCAGCAGCAGCAGCAAUCGAGCCCACAGCAAAAGCAGAAUAAAUUGCAGGCACAAUUGAAUCGUCACAAGGAACAGUUAAAGAAAGACAUUCUCAAGAAACGAUCUCAUCUCGAAAAGGAAUUGCAGGUACAGAUACAGAAGGAACUCUCCGUCGAGCUGCAGUCGGCUUCCGGCUGCACCACGAAUGUCCGGGCGGCGUCAGCAGUCGCGGCAUCGGGUGGUGGAGGGGGAGGAGUGGUGAUGGCAACAACGGCUGCUGGCACAACAACUUCAUCCGCCCAUCAGUCAUAUCAGCAGCAGCAGCAGCAGGAGCAGCAGCAGCAACAGCCAGCAACAACAGGGUUCGAGUCGAUCACGUCCAGCGUGGACGAUGAAACGCUGCCGCCGCCCGGUCGUGGAAGCUCGAAGCAAGCGACGGAUAAGAGUUCCUCCACAUCAACCGCAACCACCACAGGCAGAAGAAGAACAACGACUGGUGGUGCUGCAAAUGCUGCAAAAGAACAAGCGUCCUCCGGGACGCCAGCCAAACGGGGCCAGAAACAUGCUUCACCAGCAGGAUCGAAAGCAGCGGCUGGCGGUGGUGGUAACACCCGUUCGUCGGGAGGCCGUAGUGCAGGACAGGCGAAACGUGGUGGCGGUGCGAAGAAGAGCAGCAAAGCUCAAACGCACUGCAUCUGCCAGACGCCGUACGAUGAUUCGAAAUUCUAUGUUGGUUGUGAUCUGUGCAAUAACUGGUUCCACGGUGAUUGUGUCGGUAUAAGUGAGGCCGAGUCAAAGAAAAUCACCGAAUACAUCUGCAGCGAAUGUAAGCAUGCUCGGGACACACAGGAGCUGUACUGUCUCUGCCGGCAGCCGUACGAUGAAUCUCAGUUUUACAUUUGCUGUGACAAGUGCCAGGACUGGUUCCAUGGUCGGUGCGUCGGUAUACUGCAGUGCGAAGCGAACAAUAUCGAUGAGUACAGCUGCCCGAACUGCCACAUGAACAAUGCAAUCAACUUUGCCAACAUGAAGCCGCUGAGCAUGAGGGAGUUUGAAAAUCUCAAAAAACUCAUCAAACAAAUACAGCAACAUAAGAGCGCUUGGCCAUUUAUGGAGCCGGUGGAUCCGAAUGAGGCGCCGGACUAUUAUCGUGUGAUAAAAGAACCGAUGGAUCUGCAAAAAAUUGAAACAAAAAUCGACAGCAAAGUCUACCAAACGCUGUCCGAGUUUAUCGGUGACAUGACGAAAAUAUUCGACAACUGUCGGUACUACAACCCGAAGGAAUCACCCUUCUACCGGUGUGCCGAAAGUCUCGAAUCGUUCUUCGUGCAAAAGAUCAAAUACUUCCGCGAGCAUCUCGUCGAUCGUAUCGACGAAAGUGUGGAGGCAGCAGUGGCGGCGGCGGUGACGGCGGCGGAUGAAGCGCUUUCUACCACCGACCCGGUAUCAUCGGCCGUGACCGCAACGGCGUAGUGUUGCACCUCCAUUCUGUACAACUAUCUACAGAAUGGCUAGGGUAGAGAGCGAAGCAGUGUAAGGUGCGGGAGGGAUUGUAUAGACGGUGCCGCGCUCGCCCGAGAGCGGUCAUUUGAGUUUAAAUUUUGAUACCUUCAGUACAUUAAUUAUUCCAAUGUACAAAAUCGGGUUGGUUGUAAGCUAGGUAGGGGGUCGAGAGAAAAGAAUUAGUCAUCAUUACCGAGCGGGAGAAUAUACAUAUAUUUAUUUCAAACCGACCCCACGAGAAUUUCAAACAAAACUUAUUAAUAGUGGUUAAGUUGGUGAGGGGGGGGGGGGGGGAGCCGUGUGGAGUUGGUGUGGGCCGGUCCCAGAUAAAGAGGGUCUUUUUUUGUUGUUGUUGUUGCUCGGUAUAGCAAGGACCGUCCCGUUGAGCCUAAGUAGAAGAGGCACACAAAUUGCUUUGCAUCAUGCGUAUAAUUUUCCACCGAAUUAAUGUUGAGGCGUCCUUCGAGUGUAAAUAUUUAAACCCUAAAGAGAGCAGCGAAUUAUAAGGAAGGGACGUUGUACGGAUGGUUAGACGGAGAGGAGGGAAGGUGUGAAUAUAGGCGGUAAGCUUUUAAUCAUUUUAGCGUAAGCACGCACACGUUCAUGCGAAACAUAGCCAUGAGGUAUUGUUCCACACGUUUACAGGUGUAGAUUUUGAAUCUAUAUUUAAUUUACAUUUACACUCUUGCAUAGGUGUGUACAUGUUUAACCAAUUCUAAUAGCAGAGCGAAAGGCACACUUUUAUUGUAGAUAUACCCUCCACACACACACACACACCCAGAACAGAGACACCCGUUUUUUUUUCUUCUAUUCCUUUUAUCGCCACACAUACAGCGUGUGCAGCACCACCCCCUGCAUACAUUAUUGAACUCUGGGCCUGUGUUGUACUGAAAGGCGCCACUAGAAAGUUGCAUAGUAUUAUUCCUUCAAUAUCGGAUUUCCUUUAGAGCAGCCCGGAGAAAGGAGAUGAGUUUAUUAUUGCAUCGCUGUAGGUGAGAUGGUGAAUUAUAUGAACGCCCAACAUAUUGGAACAGAGAGGUCAGACUCCCCCCGCUCACGCGCUCGCUAUAUUAUAUUGAAUUUCACAAUAAAUGUAAGAAUCUGGACAGGAUUUUUAAAAAUA